CGCAUGGGUGUAGACGGCGCGCAUGCGCAUGGGUGUAGACGGCGCGCAUGCGCAUGGGUGUAGACGGCGCGCAUGCGCAUUGCGAACUCGGCAGAAGGGGACGCAGUGACAAGUUGUGGCGUGUGUGCGCGUGUGCGAGCGAGCAGAAGGAGAAGGUGACACACUGAAGAGGAUAAAUAUAUAAAUGCGCAGUAACUGAGUGAGUAUAGUGUAAAGUGCUGCUACUUUAACUGAACCCCAGCGGGUUGGUUCUGUUUACAGCGCGAGGAAGCUGAGCUAAACUGGUUAGCAACAGUGAAGCCUCCGGUCCGGGAGAGAAUUAGCAGCCGAGGCUAAUAAGCUAACAAACAUGACAAGAGAAAAAGGGGCUUUAAAGAAGAAUCUAGAAAAGGAGAGAAUGUUAAAAAGUGAGAGAAUGCGGUGCAGUGAGCUUCAUCUGCGGUGAUUAUAGUGCUGUCAGGUUCAUUUCCCUGAACUUUCAUUCUGUAUCAGCUUCAGUCUGACAGCUUAUAAUAACCAUUUAUUACACACACACACACACACCAUCACCUGCACCAUGCGGUAUCAUUACUCCCCUUCAGACAUUACACUAAACUAAAUAGAAAUCACCUCAUUAUUGGAAGAUGAUCAGUGAAAUACGAGCACAGAGUGAAUGAAUAAACAUUAUAAUCUCUGGGAAUGCUGAAACCUUCUUUCAGAAACAUUAUUUGGCGUUUUAAUUCACCAUGCCAUGGUUUUUGUGUGUAAUACACUACUCAGUACAGUGCCAUCAUCCCUGCACUGAUCCCUGCAAUAUUACACACUUCCUGCAACAGCAGGUGCUGUGUGGAGAGAGAGAGUGUGUGUGUGUGUGUGUGUGUGUGUGUGUGUGUGUGUGGAGUGGAACAGGUGCUGCGCACCUCAGAACCAGAAGAACAGGUGGCGGGGGAAUGAGUGGGCGGCGGGGGGGCCGUGGGGGGCCGGAGCCCCCUGUGCUGCGGCGGCUGAUCGAGCUUCCUGCUCCGGUGCUGACUCGGCACCAACUGAAGCGUCUGGAAGAGCAUCGCUACAGCAGUGCCGGGAGAUCGCUGCUCGAACCCAUAAUGCAGUGCUACUGGGAGUGGCUGGUGAGCUGCAUGCCCCCGUGGAUCGCACCUAACCUCAUCACCACCAUCGGCCUCGCCACCAACGCCUUCACCACGCUCGUGCUCGUCUAUUACUGUCCCACUGCCACCGAACAGGCUCCGUUGUGGGCGUACCUGCUGUGUGCAGUGGGUCUGUUUGUGUAUCAGUCUCUGGAUGCGAUCGAUGGGAAACAGGCUCGGCGCACUAACAGCUCGUCACCACUAGGGGAGCUGUUUGAUCACGGCUGUGACUCUCUGUCCACUGUGUUUGUGGUGUUGGGGACGAGUAUAGCAGUUCAGUUGGGGACGAAUCCAGACUGGAUGUUUUUCUGCUGUUUUGCGGGAAUGUUUAUGUUUUAUUGUGCUCACUGGCAGACCUACGUCUCUGGAACACUGCGAUUUGGCAUUAUUGAUGUGACUGAGGUGCAGAUCUUCAUUAUGGUGAUGUAUUUGCUGGCUGCAGUGGGCGGAUCUGCUUUCUGGCAGGCUCUGAUCCCAGUAUUAAACAUCCAGAUGAAGAUUAUCCCGGCGCUGUGUACGUUCGUUGGUGCUGUGAUUUGCUGCACUAAUUAUUUUAGAGUCAUUUUCACAGGAGGAGUCGGAAAGAACGGCUCCACCAUUGCCGGGACGAGUGUGUUAUCGCCAGUCCUGCACAUCGGCUCUGUUAUACUGCUCGCUAUGAUGAUCUAUAAGAAGUCUGCCAUCCAGCUGUUUGAGAAACACCCCUGUCUGUACAUCCUCGCCUUCGGCUUCGUCUCCGCCAAAAUCACCAACAAACUUGUGGUUGCACACAUGACGAAAAGUGAGAUGCAUCUUCACGACGUGGCGUUUUUGGGUCCUGGACUUCUGUUUCUCAAUCAGUAUUUUAACAGUUUUAUAGACGAGUAUGUGGUGCUGUGGAUCGCACUGGUGCUGUCGCUGUUUGAUCUGGUGCGUUACUGUGUGAGUGUGUGUAACCAGAUUGCCUCACACCUUCAUAUCUUCAUCUUCAAAAUUAAACCAGUAGCAGCUCAAUGAGACACGCACACUGCUGCCAACUGUGUGUGUGUGUUUAAAACCGUCAGCGUGCCACAGGAUGAUCCUGAUCACAUGAUUUAUAAAAGAUGUGAUUAUAAGUUUAUGAACACUUUAACUGACAAUGAAAAAAGUUACUUUUAUUUAAAUUAUUCUGUACUAAAAGUAAAAACUAAUGCUUUGUG